GAAUUACAUUUCACAAAGCAGGGAUGUGUUGUUGCACUUGGAGUGCCAUAAAAUAUAACGAGGUUUAUUGAAUUCAUUGUCAGACUAUGCAUUCAAAGGCACACAUUUCUGCGUCUUUUCCACAGACAGGAGUGGCUUUACGGCCGUCUUUAUAUUAUUUAAACGCUUUGUUUAUAGGAUGGUUUCUUAGCUACAAAAAGUAUCCAAAUACCUAAGGAGAUGCCUUGUUUAAAACUUGUCCUUCUCCGUCUGGCUUACCUUUUCAUUGAGUGUACAGAAGGUUAUUGUUAGGGUUCUCCUGACUUUUAACCCCUGAGGUGGGUGGGUGUUUUGAAAGGCGGCGUUUGCAGCAUAAUUAAAACAUGGCGGAUUCAGAGGAAUGUAGAAUUAAAAGACAACAGCAUGAGGAGCGCCUCUCCAGAGUGUUUGACGAAGUGAUGGGGCUUGGAGAAUUUGCAGACUCCUCCAGGGGCUCCGCCUCCUCCUCCCGGAGCGGAGAACAAAAUGACACAAAGGGUGUAGAUGAAACUUCAGGAACAGGGGAGCACCCACCGGUUGAAGACGAUAAUAGCAACGGCAGCAGACAAGAAGAGAAGACAAAAGAGAGGACGGGAGAGUCAUCCUUUCCCGGCAUAUCCACCCCUUCAUCUGACCGACCGUCCUCAUUUACUAUGAGAUCCAACGAAGAAGGAGGAGGAGGAAGUGGAGGGGCGGCAUUUGACAAUGCCCUAGAUGGUCUUCCUUCAUUUGAACCAGAAGAUGAGGAUGAAGAUUGGCACUUUUCUCUGCCAUUGGGCAGCCUAGAGGAAGCCAAUGCAGCUAAGGCAAAGAGAAAAGGAAGCCAGCCGUCAGCUGCCCCCCCGCCAAGAGAGGAGGAGGAAGAGCAAGACCAAGAAGGAAGCAGUGGGUCAGCUAAUACCUCCCACUCCUCUCAGGACCCCACAACUGAAAACAGCAGAGAUGCGGGCGCCCUGAACCAGACAGAGGAGACCGAAGACAGCCAGCAAGGAGAGCAAUCAGAAGCAGCUCCAGUGGAGGACAGUAAUCCCCCCACGUCUCCAGCUGUUAAUAUAAAAGAUGAACCCAUCGAUGAGGGCUACGAUGCUGCUUUACUGCCUCAGAGCUCCAUCAAGCAGAUCAAAGAGGAGCUGGAGCAGCAGGAGGAGGAGCUCAGGAUCAGCUCUGUUUACUCUGUGGGUGGUGGAAACACCUUUUCAACUCCUACUAUGCCAGCACCAGUCCAAGCCCAUCCUCCGCCAACCAUUUUUAUUCAGGGCAGAGGUGCUGUGCUUCAAGCUAUGGCUCCUCUCCCCGUCAGAGCACCGGCUCCUGUCCCAACUUCACUUCAUGCUCUGGCAGCGAUGCCUCCACGUCCACCUCCGCCCGCAGUUCCUGGUAGUGUUCGCUGCAGUGGAUGCUCUAAGGUUCUGCUGAAAGGUCAAACAGCAUUCCAAAGAAAAGGCUCGACUCAGCUUUUCUGCUCCACAGUCUGUUUGACCGGCCAUCUGCCUCCAGCCCCCAAGAACCGAUCCUGUUUCCAGUGCAACAGGGAGAUAAUUCAGCCCAGAGACAUGAUCACCAUUCCAGCAGACGACAGCACCCUUAUGCACUUUUGUGGCCAGUUCUGUCUGUCCGUCUUCAGACACAAGAGAAAACAAGUCGACAUACUUCCUGAUAAACGGCAGGAGAGGAAGCCAGAGAAGCCGCCCGAGAAGCCGGCCGAGCGGCAGCCCGACAAACCCUUUUGCAGCGUGUGCAAAGUCUCUAAUCGGGGGAUUGAACACGAGGUAACCCACCAAGGCCGUCUGCACAGACUCUGCAGCGAUGCUUGUUUCGUGUCAUGGCGCAAGAUGCGACAGUUAGCCAUGAACUGUUGUGAAGGCUGUGGACUUUACUGCAACAGCAAAUCCGGCUCUUGUCAGAGCCUCACAAUCGACAGAUCUCAGCUGAACUUCUGUGGUCCCACCUGUAUUGGCACCUACAAACAGAACUGCAGGAAAACUAUUGACUGUGCCCAUUGUCGCAAAUUGGCCGUGGUGUCCUCCACAAUCAUGGAACGAGACCAGAAGGGCAAAGUUCAGCUUUACUGUUCACCUGCUUGUGUGGAACGGAGUCGACCUCCUCGACACACGCUCACUGGUGCUGCAUUCCCCUGCUGCCAGUGCAGUGUGUCAGCUGUUCCUCAGUAUCACCUGGCCAUGGUGGACGGCACCAUCCGUAACUUCUGCUCCUAUGACUGUGUGUCUAUAUACAGGAAAUCGGGGCGCACCUCUCAACCAGAUCCUAUCAACGGGACCUCCUCUCUCAGGGACCCCUCCCAUAGAGAAGUCCCCAAAUGGGGGCCCUCUGUGGGAGCCAGCUCAGUCCUUCCAGUCCCUCAAGAACAACCAUCUUCAGUCCCCCAUCCGGGCCACCAUCCCAGUAAUACCUCAGUGCCCCCACUGGUGCCCUCUUACCCGACCAUGUCAUCCCCUUCUGUCCCCGGGCAGCCUCAGGCCAGAGCGACGGCUGGUCAGCUCCCGAAACCAGCAGAGGGCAGUCCUGGUGACACCUCCAAGCUGAGCUGCCAUGAGUGCAGCAAACAGUUUAGCAUCAAACCGCUGCUUUACAGCUACAAAGGUCGUAUCUGUAUGUUCUGCAGUAAAACGUGCUCUGAGCAGUAUAAAACAGAGAAAAACAUCACAACGGUGUGUGAGCACUGUAAACAGGAGAAGGUGCUCUUUGACACGAUCAGCUACAACCAGCGGGAGGUGUCGGUCUGCAGUGACAGCUGUAAGCUUUACUUCAAAGCAGAAAUGCAAUCUCGUAACAGAGAUCACCCCUGGCGAUCCUGCACCUACUGCUGCGGCAUCAGCCACAAGAUGCUGCACAGCCACUACGGGGGCAGGAUGGAGGAGUUCUGUAGACCCCACUGCAUGUCCCAAUACACUGUACUCUACUACGGGAUGGGUCGAUGUGACAGUUGUAGGAAGCAGGGCUACAUGAAUGAGAAGCUGCAGUGUUUGGGUUCAGUCCGUAAUUUCUGCAACCUGCCUUGUCUGAUGCAGUACUGCUACCUGCACUUUGAGACGAGCCAACAGAGCAGCAGUAACGGUACUGAACCAACCCCAGAGAGACCCGAUUCUCCAACCCAGCCUCAGCACUCCUCAAAGACCAAUCCUGUUAUAGCUGGUGUUGUGUCACUGGCCAACGGCUCUGCCACUCAGCCCAGUGUGACGGCAGAUACUGCUCUGACUGGGGCUCUUCCAACCUCCAACAUUGAGAGCAAGAAUCUAGACCAUGCCAGUACUCAGACUGAUGCCAUGCGAGUGCCUGUGCCGCGUCGGCGUCAGAUGAAGAACAAGUCAGUGAUGUGUCGGCCGUUCACUCUGGACCAAGAGAGCAUGUGCCAGCUGCCAACAUCGUCCUCUGAAUCAUCAGCUCUGCCUCUGCCCUCCGUCAGCUCCUCAGCAGGAGAGGAGAGGGUGAAGGUCAUAAUGGUUCCAGUACCAGUUCCAGUCUUCAUCCCAGUGCCUAUGAACAUGUACUCCCAGCACACACCAGUCCCCAUGGCUAUGCCCAUGCCUAUUCCAGUACCCUUGAUUGUGCCACAGAACAAGGAGAUGAAGGAUGCAGCUGUCCAGUACGAGCCUUUGACUGUAAAUGAAGAAAAACAGAAAGAUAUACCUCUUCCCAUCACAGACCCGAGUAGUUCGUUUAGCGGGGACACAAAGUCAGAGGUGAUCCCACCCACACUCCAUGAUGAUGAGGAGACCCACAAAGCAGUGCAAGCCGAGCUGCCAAUCAGCUUAGAGAAGAGCACAGAGUCAGCUCAUCCCAAACUGAACAUCCAGCCAGAGGAGAGUACAGCGACAUGUGAGGCACCUACCACCAGCGCCGAGGAUCAACCCCCCUCCUCCCCACUGAUGGACCUAGAGAGUGACUUCCCCUCUGAAAUGGAUCCGAAGCCGCCUGCUCAACGGAGAGGAGUUAAGAGAGCAAGAGAAGCUUCGUUAGCUCGGAAACAGGGUCGAAGGCGAUUGGUUGCCAUGGUGACUCCAGCCACCCUCAAACUGAACCAUGUUUAUGGGGUGAAAGCCUGGAGGAGCUGGGUGCAACAAAGAAACAAACAACAGACAGAAUCAAAACUAGUAGACAUCAAAGAAGACAUCACUCAGUGUGACUCUGCUGAGCUGAGCUUUGCCCUGUCUCACUUCAUCAAAGAAGUGAAACGACCAAAUGGAGAGAGGUACAGCCCAGACAGCAUCUUCUACCUGUGUCUGGGGAUACAACAGUAUCUGUUCAUGAAAGGACGAAUAGAGAACAUCUUCACUGAUGGGCUGUACAGUCCGUUUGCUUCUGAGAUCAGUGGGAUGCUGCAGCUCUGGAGACCUAAACUCCUGCCUGAUGGUCGUAUUUAUCCUUCCCGUGUUGCCGAGUCCUACCUCUGGGAGUGUAAGCAGCUGGGAGCCUACUCCCCCAUGGUGCUGCUCAACACGCUGCUCUUCUUCUGCACCAAGAACUUCCGCUUCAACACACUGGCACAGCACCAGAGCCUCUCCUUCACCAACUUCUUUAGAUGCUCCGGAGCGUACAACAAAGCGGGCACAGUCCACUUCCUCCGACACCAGAGAAGCAGCACUCCCACGCCCCCCCGGGAGGAAAGAGAGCGAUUGAGAAAAAGGAAAGGGGAGGAAGAGGGAGACCUGUUGAUGCUUGAAAGUGCCCCCAACCCUCUGCGCUGUCCUGUCCGGAUCUACGAGUUCUACCUCUCUAGAUGCCCAGAGUCUGUGAAGAGGAGAACUGAUGUGUUUUACCUCCAGCCUGAACAGAAUGUGCACACAAACAGCCCCUUUUGGUACACUUCUCAACCAUUAGAGGCUUCCACUCUGCAGAGCAUGCUCACACGCAUCCUGAGCGUCAGAGAGGUUCACCUGCAGCAGGAGGAUUCAGGUUUACAGUGAUAUGAAGCUCUGCUCAUCACAUCCUGCAGAUCAUCAUCUACUCUGCAAAAAAAGAAAGAAAAAACAAACACACUCUGAUGCCGAGUGAAUUACAGCUGACACCCAUCACUCAUUCAGACUGAGACUGUCAGGCCUUUGAAAUGUGGAGGCGCUGGAAAGAAGGAAGACACGCACAAAAAGAAAGGACACUUGAUAGAAAAGAGAGAAAUUCAAAAAGGGUGGAAUAUAUUUUGUUACCGCAGUUGCCAGCCCCUGCCAUGAUAAGUUAAUGAUGACUUCAAGAAACCAGAUACUCUCACACAUCAAGUGUUCAAGGAUAUCAUAAACAUGAUCUUCUUUCUCUUUUUUCACACCUGUGUGAAACUCAUGCCCAUCAUUCAUCACUUGUGGCAGGAUUAUUUACAACAGAAAUAUCAAUGCCUAUCCUGAACUUCUCAGUAUCAGAUAAGUAUGAGCAACAGAUUGUACGUGACAACAGGCAACACUUUUAUUAAACGAUUGCCUCCAGCAGACAUCUUGUGCUUUUAAAUCUCACCAAAACAUAAACGAUAUAUUCUCACAUUUUGAGCAGGUUGUCUAAAUUGACAGUGUUGCAGAAAACUUAAAGAUAAUGUGUCCUCAGUUCCAGUGAAGCACUUCCCUCAGUGUUAUUCUGAUCAAUGAGUCAUUCAAUGUGCAGUUUGUACAAACAGCUUCACAUGGUUACUGAUCGGCCUUGAUCUUUUUAAACCAGUUUACUGUUCACCUGUGUAACCCAUUUUGUAAUGCUAGAGGAGACGUCAGGUGCCUCUAUUCUUCUGCAGUUUCAUGUUAUAUAGUUACCUGAUUUCAUACAUUCGUACAUUUUAUUUUAUUUUUCUUCAUCCUGUGUGGCCUUAUUUCCCCCUCCCUCUCUGUGACCUCGUACGUCCAUCUGGGUUCAAUAUACCAUCACUUCUUCCUGUGAAGGUGAAAUGAAGAGCUCACUAUGUACACCCUGAUUAUCAUCAUUUACAGACUAAACCUUUCCAUGAAUGAAAAUGUUAGCCUCCUUUUUAAAAAACGACAACGGGACCUCUGCUAGCUGUGUGUGUUGUGUGUACAUAUUUAUAUGUCUUUGUCUUUGUUUUUCACUUAUAGUGCCAUGAUUGCUUUAUUUUAAUCUUCUAUCCUCCACUGAGGUUUCCUGUCUCAUGUAAAGGGUGUGUAUGGAGUGCAGUAUGGGAUGUUUUGAUCACACACAGUUAAAGACGUGUUAUGACAGUGUGCCUAAGAUAUUUAUGACUGUGUCAGCAGUUUCUUUUUGGCUUGCUCUUGUGUUCUGAAUUAUUUGGAGAAGUUAUUAGUCCAUAAAACCAAAAUGUCAAGAGAAAGUUGAAAUAGAAAAAUAAGUUCACACAUUCAGUAGAAGUGCCUUCUAUAAGAUUUUUUUUUUUUUUAGCAUUUUGAGAAUUUCACUUUAUUCUUGAAAUGCAAAUAAAAAGUAUCCUUCUGUUAUAAUAAUAAUUAUUUUAAAUAUCUGGCACCAAUACUGAAGAUAUGACCUUUUCCCAAACCUUGAACUUUUUCUCAACAUUUGGUCUUCAUUCAAAAAUAUAAAAAAUAAAGAACAUCUUUGUCUUUUGUCUGGCCGUUACACGUUUCUGUAUUGAAUCAUUUGAAAAUCAAUAGGACUUAAAUUUGCAUAAAGAGAGUCAUGAGGGCUUCAAAAUGGAUAAAACUCUGGACCAUAGUGUCGGUGUUGUGUUACUGUGAUAAAAUGUCAAAUCUAAACCUGAACCAUAAUUCAAUGCUCGUCUCAGAGGUGUUAAAACAUGUCAGGACAUGAUACACAUUUAUUCUGUACAAAUGGACUCUUAUCUCUUUUUGUCCACCAAGGACUGCUGUUUUUUUAUCUUCUGUGAGAGGCUCUGAAUUCAGCUGGUUUUCUGGAAAAUAGUUCACACAUUUUCAGCUUAAUGAAAAAAUAUUAGCAUUUCUUCUACGUGGCAAUAAGAACUUCAUUACCCACAGUUCAGUUUGGGUCACUCAGAGAGAUGGUGCAUUUUUUGUCACACUGUUUUAGUGUGGUCAUGGCUACUUGCAUCCAUUGUAUCUGUCAUGGAGGCCAAUGUGCCUUUUCUUUUGGCCCUUGUUUUUUUUAUUAUCUGUUCAAAUAUAAAUGUGUUUUAUACAUUCAGAUCCCACCAGUGAUUAUCUGAAGGUAAAUACGUCUAUUUAGCCCUUAAUGCUAACAUUAAGCAUUCAAAUUCUGGACUGAUGCUAAGCUAUCAGCUUUAUUAUUGAAACAUUUCUUAAGUAACGUGCUACGUCACACCAUCACCACUGCCAGUACAAAUGAAAUAUUACUGUCUCUGAAUAUUACAAAUAUUAAUACAAACAUUUGAAGAUUGUAAAAAAAAGAGGCCCAAAGACAUUCACUCUUUUUAUUGAUCUGUACAAAAUGUUUCCAACUGCAUAUUAAAAUCGUGUCUUAUUUCUUUCUUUUUAAAUCUUAGGCAAAGCUGAAAUGUAAUGUGGAGUGUAUCAGAAGUUUGUGCUUUGAAAGUAUGAUUGAUAAAAUGUGUACAUUU